CUUCCUAAUUUGGCGACAUAUAAAAAGUGCACUAUUGUCUCCCUUGAUUAACAGUUACAUUUCAAAUUUCACAUUGUAAAGACUUCAGGAGGUGAUCGUCGUAGUUUGCACGGGUUUUUGAUAAUAACAUCAACUAAAUUGAUGAUGCGUGUGUUGGUGUUUUCACUUUUUGUAGGGAUGGCUCUGGCGGCACCUCAAGGCUACAAUUACCAAUCAAACUAUGCCGCGAAUACUGGCGGAGCUUUAACAUAUCCGCAAAUACAGUUGCUACAGCAAUUCGCUAGUCAACAGGAACAGUCAGUGGUGCAACAACAAACCGUUACAAUUACGGAACCACAAGCUCCUGUUCAGGCUCAAAAUAUUGCACCGGCUGGUGGCUCGCACUUCGGCAAUCAGUUGAUACAACUGGCAAGUUAUGGACAACAACAGCAGCAAGUGCAACAACCACAACAAUUACAAGGAGUACCACAAGGGUUUUCCCAGUCAAUUCAACAGCAAAUACCAGCAGUUGAACAGCAGUUACAACCACAAGCUUUGCCCGUGCCACAACCUUUAGCGCAACCCCAAGUCCAACCACAGUUACAGUCUCUACAACCAGCUCCACAACUGCCACAAGCUCAACCCGAGCCUCAGCUUCAACUACAACAGCCCCAACCUCAAUUUGUGCCCCUGCCUCAAGCACAACCUCAACCACAACCCCAACCUCAGUUUUUGGCUCAGCCUCAACAACAGCCUCAGGCACAACCCCAACCUCAGUUCUUACCUCAGCCUCAAGCCCAACCUCAAUUUGUGCCUCAGCUUCAGGCUCAACCUCAACCUCAGUAUCAACCCCAACCUCAAUUUGUACCUCAGCCUCAACCCCAACCUCAGUUUUUGCCCCAACCUCAAGCAUUACCACAGUCGCAAGCUGAACCACAACAACAACAGUCCGUACAAUAUUCUUCCGCCCCUCAGCCCUUACCACAGACAGCUCAACAUCACGCACCGGCAAUCACACGCGCACCCGAAUCCGCAUACUAUAACAAGGAGUACUAUUACCUAUCUGCACCUCAGGAAAACUAUGUAUUACCACCGGACUUCAAUGACCAAUUGAAUAAAUUUAAGAAGAAUUUACGCGUCGUUUUUAUCAAAUCACCCGAACAGAAGGGUCUUGAAAAUGCAACAUUGCAGUUGGUGAAGGAUAAUCAACAGCCAAAGACCGCCAUUUACGUGCUGACGAAGCAACAUAGCGCCGCUGAGCUGGCUAAGAAAUUACAACAACAACCUGCUUCAGCACAACAGAAACCCGAAGUGAUAUUCAUCAAGUAUCGCACGCCUCAGGAGGCUGAACAUGCGCAGCACACUAUACAAUCGCAAUACGAAUCGCUCAAUGGACCCAAUCACUUCAAUUUCGAAGGUGGUGUGGCGACGCACAAUUUCAUCGGAUCCACUGCGGCCAUAGAGCCACGCAUACGUCCGGUGGAGGAGAGCGCCGGCGUCGCAAAUGCGGCUACACAAUCGCCACUCGACUAUCUUCCGCCUGCGGAGUAAAAACGUUUCAUUGUUAUUUUGUAAUUAAUUUAUCUUUGUAAAUAUGUGUCAUUUUGUCGUACGUUUAGGUUUAAUAAACAUUUUGCAUCCCA